AUGUCUUGCUGGCCUGACCCGACCCAAUCCUCAUACAAUGUGUCCUUACGAAUCAAUAGCAGCAGCUCUGAAAUCAAUUAUGUCGGCGGUUGGACCACCGAAGGCAUCUUCAAGUACUCUGAGUUAUCAGGAGACAUAGCAACAUUUUCAUUCAUGGGUACAUCUAUCACAGUCUUUGGAAAGGUUACCGGUCCAACCAUGCAAGCUUCCUACGGUGUCGACGAAUCCUCGGACAGUGGUGUCCUUUGUGAAGUAGACGACCUUCAUUUCAGGGAGCUACCUUUCCAAGGCCCCCUCUACACAUCCCUUCCAUUGGGUCCAGGACAGCACAAGCUCCUAAUCACCAAUAAAGGCAUCGAAUUUUACUUUGAUCACCUCGAAAUCUCCAACAACAAUACAAUAUCUUCAUCUGCCCAGUCGCCGCCAUUGACACCUUCCAUGACUACCGCCACACUCACAUCGACUGCCCCCCCUUAUGAGAGUACUGCUACAGUAUUCGUGCCAAGUACUCAAAUAUCUAGUUUGCCAAACUCCUCAUCAGCUGUCGCCGGUCCAACAGAGAACUUGCCAAGGCCCAAAUCAACCUUGACAGGGGAGAUCGUUGGUGUGGCUGCCACAGGGUGGCUGCUCCUGCUGGCGGUCGGGGUAGGCCUCUAUUGGAAUCGCGUGAAGCAUGGUAGAAAGGCGCGCAGUAAUUCGUUAGGCUCAUGUGUCGAAGCCUCCGGGAGGUCAACGGAAUCUCAGUCAGCACAAGCCAUGCGUGAAGCUCGUGACGACCCCAUCUCUGCAUUUGCGGAGUUUCACGAAGCCCCCCCGAUCUACAGCUCGAUAGACUUUCACACCAACCCUUCAGUCGGGAACAGUCAGUCGGCACCUUUGGUCCAAGCUAAUGGGGCCUAUGUUCCGGAUGGAACUUUGAACAACAACAACUCAAAGAGAAAUGCUCCAUCCGUGGAGAGCCUCCUACAGCAGCAGCGCGCUGCAAGAGAUACAACACGGCCAGGAAAGAAGUCCUGA